GACGCGGGGCUGCUUUGCUCAGAGCUGCAGCAACUCAAGGAGGAGCAGGCAUGUGGCAGGAGGUCCUUCCCAACGCCUGGGAGAGCAUCUUGUCCCGGAUCAGGUCUUUUGAAUAUUCUCAGAAGAAUGCAGUCCUGGUCCCUGCAGCUGCUCUGGGGGUUGGAGGGAUGCUGGUUUAUUGGCUGAUGUCUAGACGCAAGAUCAAGACUCUUGAAAUGGGUGAUGGAUGGUGGGGCUCGGGAGAAAAACCCCUACAAGAAAAAGAAGAUGAAAGAAUCCGGCCCUUCCAGAUUGAAACAUCUGACAAAGAAAUCCAGGACCUGCACCACCGCCUCGACCAGGCCCGCUACACGCCACCGCUGGAAGGGGCAGCCUUCGACUACGGCUUCAACUCGAACUACCUGCAGAAGGUGGUUUCCUACUGGAGGAACCAGUUUGACUGGCGCAAGCAAGUGGAAAUACUGAACAAAUACCCUCAUUUCCAAACCACCAUUGAAGGGAUCAAUAUCCAUUUUAUCCAUGUGAAGCCCUCCUACAUCCCUCAUGGCCAAACUGUUUAUCCCCUGCUGAUGGUGCAUGGUUGGCCCGGCUCCUUCUAUGAGUUCUACAAGAUCAUCCCUCUGCUCACGGAGCCAGCCAGGCACAGCCUUAGCGAGGGUGACAUAGUGUUUGAGGUCAUCUGCCCGUCCAUCCCAGGCUAUGGCUUCUCAGAGGCACCUCACCAGAAAGGCUUUGACACCAUAGCUGCUGCUCGGAUAUUUCACAAGCUGAUGAACAGGCUGGGCUUCAAGGAGUACUACGUACAGGGAGGUGACUGGGGUGCUCAAAUUACUACAAACAUGGCCCAGAUGCUGCCACAGUCUGUGAAAGGGCUUCAUCUGAACCUUGUCUUCAUCAGUGCAUGGGGUUUGGGAAGGAUGAUCUCCGUGAUGUUUGGGGCUUAUGUACCAUGGCUUGUUGGCCUCACCAGAGAAGAUGUUCGACGUAUAUACCCUUUUCUCCAGAAAAACCUAUAUUACCUUCUGCGGGAAUCUGGAUACUUACAUAUCCAAGCCACCAAACCAGAUACUGCAGGUUGUGGAUUGAAUAACUCCCCUGUGGGGCUUGCUGCAUAUAUUUUAGAGAAAUUCUCUACCUGGACUGAUAAAUCAUUUCUACACAAGGAUGAUGGAGGCUUGGAAAGCAAAUACCACCUGGAUGAGCUCUUGACCAAUGUAAUGAUUUAUUGGGUGACAUCAUCCAUUGUAUCCUCCAUGCGUUUCUACAAGGAGAACUUCUCCAAGUAUCCUGAUGUAGCUGCUGCUUGGAGGGUCAGCACACACGUUCCCACAGGGAUUGCAGCUUUUCCGCAGGAGCUAGCACAUACACCACGCACCUGGGCAAAGAAGACCUUCAAGAACAUCGUCACUUACUCUUACAUGCCACGUGGAGGUCAUUUUGCUGCCUUUGAGGAACCAAGGCUUCUGGCACAAGACAUCAAGCACUUUGUCAAAAAGGUGGAGCAACUGUGAACCUACAGUUCAGAUAUGUACAGAGAAUGAAAGUAUGUUGUUCUGCCACCACAGGAAGCACUACUUUGAAAGAUUAAAUAAAUCCGCUGUAGUCAGAUACAAAA